CUUUGUGUUUACACGUACUUGCUCACUCUCAGGCCCGUUUCUUGCAGGGUAUGUGAGAUGAAGAAUUUCAGAGAGACCACCAGUGAACAAACCGCCAUUAACUCACUUGGAUCCGUAUACAGGCUGAGUCUGCUGCAUAUAUCAGGCUUUGAAAUUCAACACAAGUAUGGGUGGAGAAAAGCUGGUGGCUUGCAUAUUGGUCACUAUGUUAAGUCUGACACUAAUGAGGUCAGUUUAUGGUCAGCACAUGCCAGAAGAACCGUGCUCCGUCCAGAUCCUCGUCCCUGGCCUCAAAGGUGAAGCAGGAGAGAAAGGAGAGAAAGGAGCACCUGGGAGACCUGGGAAAGUAGGGCCACCUGGAGAGCCAGGUCCCCCUGGAGUCAAAGGCCAAAAAGGUAGUCCCGGACGUUAUGGGAAAAUGGGUCCCACUGGACUCAAAGGUAUAAAAGGUGAUAUGGGAGAUCCGGGACCUAAAGGCCCAAAUGGAGAUCCAGGCGUCCCCUGUGAGUGCGCACCCUUACGGAAAAUGAUUGGUGAAAUGGAUAUUCAAGUGGCACAAUUAACCAAUGAGCUGAAGUUCAUUAAAAAUGCACUGCCCUCCCCCGCAGCUGUCGCUGGCAUCAAAGAGACAGACAGCAAGGUCUAUCUGCUGGUGAAGGAGGAAAAACGCUACAGGGAUGCGGAGGUGUUUUGUCAGGGCCGAGGUGGACACCUGGCUAUGCCCAAAGACGCGGCGGCUAACAGAGCCAUCGCUGGCUACGUCACUGACGCCGGCCUCAGUAGAGUGUAUAUCGGCAUUAAUGACCUGGAGCGAGAAGGCCACUUUGUGUAUGUGGAGCGUUCACCCAUGACCACUUUCAGCAAGUGGAGGGAGGGCGAGCCAAACAACGCUUACGAUGACGAGGAUUGCGUCGAGAUGGUGUCUUCAGGCGAGUGGAUUGAUGUGGCUUGUCACCUCACUAUGUACUUCGUGUGCGAGUUUGACAAGGACACAGUAUGAGUUCAGUGCCAAUCUAUAAGGGGUAAAGUCAAUUUAGACAUGUUUAAAACAUAUUAAAGAAGGCUAAAAUUAGAAUGAAAAAGAUGCUGGACUUUUAUGUUUUGACUUUUUAAGCAGUGACAUCAGUGUGACAUGCUAGGCGUGGUGUAAAUCAACAUUUAAUUAUUAUUAUUAUUACACACUGCAGUUCAAAAGUUUAGGGUCAGUAACAUUUGAAUGUCUUAAAGAGACAGUUCACCCAAAAAUGAAAAUUCAGUCAUUAAUUACUCACUCUCAUGUCGUUCCAAACCCGUAAGACAUUCGUUCAUCUUCAGAAUGCAAAUUAAGAUAUUUUGGAUGAAAUCCGAGAGCUAAAUAGUUAUUUUUGUUUCCUUUGUGCACAAAAUCGUAGCUUCAUAAAAGUAUAGUUGAACCACUGUCAAAUGGGCUAUUUUAUUAGCAUCCUUACUAUCUUUCUUGGCCUUGAAUGCUCUCAGGUUUCAUUAAAAUAUCUUAAAUUGUGUUCUGAAGAUUAACAAACGUCUCACGGGUUUGGAACGACAUGAGGGUGAGUAAUUAAUGACAGAAUUUUCUUUUUUUUGGUGAAUUAUCCCUUUAAGUCUCUUAUUCACACCAAAGCUGCAUUUAUUUGAUCAGUAAAAACGGACAUAUAGUGAAACAUAUUAAUGUUGUAUCAGUGUUAUCAAACUGCUGCUUAAUGUUUUCGUGAAAAUGUGAUACUUUAGUGAAUAGAACGUUCAAAAGCGCCACACUUUUUAAAUAGCAGAACACUUUUGUAACAUUAUAAAUGUCUUUACUAUGGCUUUUGAUCAAUCUGAUGUGUUCUUGCUGAAUAAAAGUAUUAUUUUUUUUAAAAAAAUAGUAAUGAAACAUCUUACUGACCCCACAUUUAUGAAAACCUUCUAUUAAUUUAGAGACUGUAUUAAAUAUUUGUACUUUUCAUCACCUUUAUUGUAAAAAGUGGACAUCUAAUUUACUAAACUACAUUUACUUGUAAUCAAUUAAAUGAAUGAAGAAUAAGA